AUAAACAAGACAAAUAUGAUGAAGCAUUUAUAUAUUUUCAAGAAGCACUUACAAUUCUGGAGAAGUAUUACAAUAACUUUCAUGUUGAUAUUGCUAAAUGUUUGUCGUCUAUUGGGCAUUAUUUUCGUGAACAAAGAAAUUAUGAUAAAUCUCUUGAAUCUCAUCGACGAUCAUUAGCAAUCUAUGAAAAAUACUAUUCUUAUGAUCAUGUAUGUAUUGCUUUGACACUCAAUAACAUCGCAGAUAUUCUUUGCGGACAAGAUAAAAAUGAUGAAGCUUUGCAUAUUCAUCGUCGAGCACUGACAAUGCACAAGCAAUUUUUUCAAUUUGAUCAUAUCGAUAUUUCGAAAUAUUUGUGCACUCUUGGUCAUAUUUACUCUGGACAAGGACAUUAUGAUACUGCUUUAGAAUCCUAUCAGCAAUCAUUAGCAGUAGUGAAACAAUAUUUCUUCUCUGGUCAUACGGAUAUUAUCUGUCUUUUGCAUAAUGCUGGUGUUGCUCUUAACAAUUUAGGAAAAUUUGAUGAUGCUAUGAACUUUCAUUGUCAAGCACUUGCUAUAGAAGAAAAAUAUUAUCCAUCAUUUCAAGCCAAAAUAGCACAGACAUUCAUGUACAUCGGAGAUGUUCUUAGAUGUCAAGAGAAAUAUGAAGAAGCUUUAGAUCAUUAUAAACAAGCAUUAAUGAUGCAAAAAAAUUAUUAUCCUUUAGGUCAUGUGAAUAUAGCUUUUACACUUCAAAAUACAGGUAUUAUAUUAUCCCAACAAGGAAAAUACGAUGAAGCUCUUGGUUUUUAUCAACGAGCAUUAGAAAUGAGAGAAACAUUCGAUCCAUCUGCAUAUGAGAGUAUCGUUGCUAUACUCGACAACAUUAGCUAUACACUGAAGGAUCAAACAAAAUACGAUGAAGCCCACAAUUUUCUAAGGCGAGCACUCGUGAUUCGAGAAACUCAUUGUUCAUCUAAUCAUCUACAGAUUGCACAUAAUCUCAACAAUAUCGGUAUUAUCCUCUUCAAUCAAACAAAAUAUGACGAAUCCCUUAUGUUUUAUCAACGAGCUUUAGAGAUUAGAGAAACAUUCGAUCCAUCUGGUUAUGAAGGUAUUGUCGUUAUGCUCAGUAACAUUAGUCAUGCACUUAAGCAAGAAAAAAGAUACGAUGAUGCAUUGUCUUUUCUAUAUCGAGCUCUUAACAUACGAGAAACUCACCUUCCAUCUACUUACGCACAAAUUGCUCGUAAUAGCAACGGUAUUGAUCUUAUCCACUACGAACAAGAAAAAUACAAUGAAGCUGGUGAGUACUAUGAACGAGCAUUAGAAAUCACAGAAACAUUCAAUGCAUCUGCUUAUGAUGAUAUCGCUGUUCUACUUAGUAACAUUAGCCUUACAUAUAAGCGGCAAGAAGAUUACGUUGAGGCACUCGAUUUUCGAAAUCGAUCACUUGAAAUAUGA